UGCGCAGAUGCCUUUGGUUGGAUUUGGCUUAUGGAGAAUAAAUAAUGAAUCCUGUGCCGAUGCCGUUUACAAUGCCAUCAAAUCUGGGUACAGGCUCUUCGAUGGUGCUUGCGAUUACGGGAAUGAAGCGGGAGCCGGUGAAGGUGUUGCUCGCGCAAUCAAAGAUGGACUGGUUAGACGAGAGGAUCUUUUCAUUGUUUCUAAACUUUGGAACACCUACCAUGAAGCGCACAGAGUGGGAGAAAUCGUCGCAAAACAGUUGGCGGACUGGCAGGUUGACUAUUUUGAUUUGUACUUGAUGCAUUUCCCCAUUGCCCUGAAAUACGUCUCGCCAACCGUCCGGUACCCCCCUGGGUGGUAUCACGAGGGAACCAGAGUGCGACCCGAUAUGGUCAGUAUCCAGGAAACCUGGCAGGCAAUGGAAAGUCUGGUGGAUCAGGGCUUUGUCAAAGAAAUCGGAGUUUCUAAUUUUUCGGGCUCUCUCUUGAUGGACCUUCUACGUUAUGCACGCAUUCCGCCUGCGUCAUUACAGAUUGAACAUCAUCCAUACCUGACCCAGGAAAAAUUGGUUCAAUUUGCGCAAAAGAACGGCAUUGUGGUCACUGCAUUCUCAUCGUUUGGGGGACUGUCGUAUCCGAAAAUCGAUAAGACAGCCUCAAAAAGCGUCUUGCCACUCUUGGAACACCCAACUAUAGUUUUGAUUUCCGAAAAGGUUCGACAGGCACCGUCACAGGUGCUUCUCAGAUGGGCGACGCAACGUGGCAUAUCAGUCAUUCCAAGAAGUACCAACGUGGAACGAAUGAGUCUGAAUUUAACUUCCACGGACUUUGAUCUGGAGGAGAGCGACAUAAAAAGCAUCAGCGAUCUGGAUGUUGGACUCCGAUUCAACGAUCCGAUGCAAUUCCUGGGCCAAUUUCCUAUCUAUUAUUGAUCACUGACCAAGCUCCGUCACAGACCAGGGCCAGUGUAAUACGUUUCAAAUUAUUGGGAGAGAAAGCAGACUAGAUCUCGGUGUAUGGUCAAUUCAGAAAAUUCCGGGGUUUUUGGACAUUAGCAAACAUGUCUUCAAUUUUGAUUUUAUUGAUGUACCCGGUUCUUUCCAGGGGUUUGGGUUGCCACAGCC